AUGGGCUCAGACGAAGAUUUUGGCCACGAACAGCCUGCGUCCGCGUCUGCGCCGCCCACCGUACACGAGGACCUGCUGGACUUUGUGCCGAUCUCCAGCCAGGAGGACCCGGCGCUACAGUACCCGUCGUACAUGCACCCGUUGACAGAGUCGUACUCUAGCUCGACGGUUUCCAGCGUGCACACAGAGAACGCAAUUCCGUCGAGCGUGAGCAACGGGUCGCUAUCGAACGUGCACCGCACGCCCAUCAGACGGUCGAACUCGCUGAUCACGCCACGACGCCCGGCGAACGCGGGCAGGGCCACGGACAAGUCGCCCGGCACGGGCAACCCGUUCUACACGCCGCCGGCGUUUUUGUCGCCCAAGAUCACUAAGCACAGGAAACAGCGGUCACUCACGACGUCUGUUUCGCUGUCGCACCUGGAUACAGACCUACAGUUGCAGAUGCAGCACAACCAGCACGGUUCGCCGUUGCACACGCCAUUGCGCACUCCCGGGCGGCCAGCGGUGGACGAGAACGAGGAGGACGACGGCGAGGAGCCACGCGACAGCACCGGCGAGUCCGGUGAGUCGUACUUUGUGUCGCCGUCCGUGCUGAUGAAAAAGAAGUUUGGCGGCAAGCUGUCGGACCUGCACACGCUCAGACAUGAGACGCACGAGGUGUACCACAUGGACCAUCUGGCCGCGUCGAACGACUUCAUCAACCCGGAGUUUUUGCAGAAAGUGCAGGACAUCCCGCUGCUGAUCGACGACGACAACGUCGAGGCGCUCGACCAGCAGAAACUCAUGCAUCCGCCGCUGCUGCGCGCCACGACGCUGCCUCCACCGCAGCCCAAGCCGGGCAGGCUGACGCGCUCGCGCUCGACCAUGAACUUGAGCGAGAUCGCGUCGUACAAGGAGGCCAAGACGGCAGCACUGCGCUCUGCCAGCUCGUUCAUGGACGAUCUGAAUUUCUCUAUUUCUGAGGUGCCCGAGCCAGAACAGGCGCCGGCGUCGGCUCCAGCGUCGGCUCCAGCGUCAGCGCCCUACCACUACGACAUUCCCUACUCACAUACCCAGGUCAGACAGUAUUCACGGUUCCAAUACCUAACUCCGCCAAACUCGUCAUCGUCAUCUACUCCUGGCGUCAACUCGUUCCUGGGAGGCGACAACAAAGCCGAAGAGUACAAAAAGAAGCUUGCGCUUGGGUCCGGGCUCAAGGAGCCCGAGCGGCUGGACCGGCCGCUGCAGUCGUCGCGGUCCAAGUCCCGCUCCAAGAACUCCGAGCAGGAGAAGAAAAAAACCCACGAGUGUCCGUUGUGCCACUCGCGGUUCCAGCGGCCCGAGCACGUCAAGCGGCAUAUGCGGUCGCACUCGUCUGAAAAGCCGUUUGUGUGUCCGCAAGAGAAGUGCGGCAAGCGUUUCAAUAGAAAUGAUAACCUCAAACAGCAUCUGCGCAAGAUCCACCAUCUGGCCAUUUGA